AUGAAGAAGGUUGAGGAAUAUUGCAAGGUAGAGGAUGAUGCUCUCCAUGUCAAAGUCGGACAAAAAGACCUGGAAACGGUGACACCUGCCCUGAUUAGCUUCGAUGAUACUAAUCUUGAACGGUGGAUCUUACCCCAUGAUGAUGCCCUUGUCAUUGAGUUGCACAUGAACCGAUUCAUCGUCAAACGUGUUUUGAUUGAUCAAGGAAACACCUCAGAGAUAAUGUACUACAAGACAUUCCCUAAGCUCAGUUUCACCGAUUCAGACCUCCAGCCAGCAGAAUAUCCCUUCUUCGACUUUAACGCCAAUCUUGAAUACCCUAUUGGAAAGAUCACAUUACCAGUGCGCGCAGGCACCAGAUCGAUUGACAUGGAACUUCUGGUUGUCAAGCUUUCAUUACCAUACAAUAUAAUCAUGGGCAGAACCUGGUUGCACGCAAUGUAG